UUCUCAUCAGUCUGCUCAGAAUCCACAAAACCAGAAUAGAAACAAGUUGUCUGGAUCCUGAGGAAUUGCUGAAGAAGAAAAUACAAUAAAGCAAUUUCUAGGCCAGUUUAUCUUGUGACAUUCAUUUGGAUGCGACUUUAACAUUUUUUCACAACUUCCCUGCAGUUUCAGAACGAGCUACGGAUGGAUCCUUGCAGACAGAGGACUGGGCUCUGAAUAUGGAAAUCUGUGACAUUAUUAAUGAGACCGAAGAAGGGCCAAAAGAUGCAAUCAAGGCUCUGAAGAAAAGGCUGAGUGGAAAUAAAAACUACCGGGAAGUGAUGCUCGCUUUAACGAUCUUGGAGACCUGUGUUAAGAACUGUGGUCAUCGUUUCCAUGUCCUGGUAGCUAACCGGGACUUCAUUGAUGGCAUUUUGGUCAAAAUUGUCUUACCCAAGAAUAAUCCACCAGCUAUUGUACAGGAUAAAGUACUUGGACUGAUACAGGCUUGGGCUGAUGCUUUCAGAAGCAGUCCGGAUCUGACUGGUGUAGUUCAUAUUUAUGAAGAGUUAAAGAGGAAAGGGAUGGAAUUUCCAAUGGCAGACCUGGAUGCACUGUCUCCAAUACACACACCAGGAAGAUGUGUUCCUGAGGUUGAUCCUGCAAUGAACAAACCGAUACCUCAAUCCCUGCAGAAAACCAUUUCCACAAAGAGCUUUCCAUCAGCACCAAACACACUGACUGGCUAUUCAGUUCCUCAAAGCCUUUCAUCUAGACCUAUCACUGCAAAUGUUGAGCAGCUUGCCAGGUUACGCAGUGAGCUGGAUGUUGUCCGUGGAAAUACAAAAGUGAUGUCUGAGAUGUUGACUGAAACAGUCCCUGGGGAGGAAAAUCAGUCGGACUUGGAGUUGCUGCAGGAACUCAAUCGUACCUGCCGAGCGAUGCAACAAAGAGUUGUCGAACUUCUCUCCAAUGUAACCAAUGAAGAAAUCACCGAGGAACUUUUGCACGUCAAUGAUGAUCUUAAUAAUGUUUUCCUUCGAUAUGAAAGAUUUGAACGAUGCAGAACGGGAUGUGGAAGUCCAAACACGGAAGGUGGUGUCUUGAAUGAGGUUACAGAUACAGAUAAUCUAAUAGACUUGGGCCCAGGGUCCCCUGCAGUUGUUAGCCCGAUGGUCGGAAAUAUGGCUGCUCCUAGUCUGUCCUCACAGCUUGCCGGUCUAGACCUCGGUACAGAUAGCGUUAGUGGAACUCUGAGUUCUUUGCCUAAUUGCCAUCCGGACACUCAUGAUUCUGCUAAAUUUGAUAUGUUUGCACAAACCAGAAGCUGUUCCCUGGCUGAUCAGCACCAAAAUGUAAUGCACACAGACUCUCAGUCAGCUGGAGGAUUGGCAACUGCCCUUGAUGCUCGGGAAAAUAAUACAGCAGAGCUGAACAUUAGAGUUGACAAUCCUGCCAUCGAGCCUAUAGACAAGUGGCUCAUGACACAAGGACUGAUUCCAGUUGCACAGUCUCUCAUGGACGACGUUGAAGAAUGGCUCAGCACUGAUGUGAAGGGAGAUGAUGCUGAAGAAGGGGUUACAAGUGAAGAAUUUGACAAAUUUUUGGAAGAAAGAGCAAAAGCAGCAGAGAGAGUCCCGAAUCUGCCGUCCUCUCCCUCCAGCAACUCCACUCCUUCACCAGUGCCAGCUGCACACAUGAAGAAGCAGGACCGAUCCAAGGAUGCCCUCUUUGCUUUGUAAAUAACUGUUUUAUUGUGUGUGUAUGCACAUGUGUGUGGUUCAUCUGUUACUGGGCAAGGUGCUGUGGUUAUGGUGAUGCACUGAAUGAUUUUGUGCAUUUCCUUUAAUGCUCCUCUUUCCCCAAACUGCCUUAGUUGCUGUGGACUUUGGCUAAAAACUGACAAACUUCUUUUUCAAACCACUAUCUUUUUAAAUGCUGCCUCUGAAUUAAGUAUUAUUAACAAAUGCAGUUAGAUUUUUAAGUGUACCCUGACCCAGUUUGACCUCAAAGGGCCUACUUUCUGAUUAACCUGUAACUCGCCAAAGAAAUAGAAAUUUGAGGGGAAAUAGACUACUUUGCAUUAUUGCAUGGUGUUCAUUUGUUCUUAAAACAAUAACAUUAAGUAUGUUUGGGGAAAAAUAAAUUUUAAUCUCAAAGUAAACUAUUUCUUCUAGCUGGAGUUCAAUACUCUAGGCUCAAAGCACCUUGUACUUUUUAACAGAUAUCAUAGAAGUUGUCAAUGUUAUAAGGGACAUUAGAAAAAUUCAGGUUUGUUCUAAUCUAUACCUUAGCUCAUUUAACUAAUUGUAUAAAAGUAUAACACUAAAAGCAGUGUAUUGUGGCUAGGUUUGCACUAGAAAAUAUACCAUUAAAUGCAGGAUGAACUCUAACAUAGUUAAGAUACUGACUGUUGUGCAAGUAGCCACUUGUGUGAUUUAUAUGACGCAGUGGUAAAUGGUAAUUUGCUUCGAAUGUGCACGAGGGUCUUUUCUCCUUUUCUUUAAACCCUGGAGUCCAGGUUUGUGGCUUGUGCCAUUGGUUUUAACUCAAGAGGAUGCUUAUGCCACCUAGAGGUAGGAAAUAGUGUUGAAAUGACUUGAUGGCACCUGUACAGUUUAUUAGAGGGGAUAACUAUUUUCAAGGGAAGUUGGCACUGCAAAACCAUCUAUUUCCUGAAGUCAGGUCUAUGUAAAUAUUAAUGCUUGCUUCAGGUUUGAUUGUUAUGAGCGGUCUAUAUAGGUCUAUAACAUUUACAUCUUUAUUUUUACAUCUUUAUUUUAACAUUAACAUUUUUACAUAUCCCUGCCAGAGUGCCUCAUUGUUAUGCUCCAUAUUUGCCUUCACUGUUCCCUACAAGGUGCCAUCUUUUAUUGCUUCCUUUUAGAGCCAGAGUGUCUAUCUGGAGUGGCAUUCAUCCCUUUGGUACCAGAAUAAAACCUGUACACGUUUUUUUCAGCUUAAAUGAUUUGGCAACUUCACCAUACAUUUGUGCCGUGAACGAGUUGACCAUAUGGUAACCUUCAUAAUAGUAAGGAGAUCAAGUGACAUUAAAAUGAUAGAAUGUGGAAUUAACUAUAGCAAUUUGCUUUCAAAUGUGGCCACAAUACAUUUAAAUUUUCAUAUUCUCUCGAGUUUUAUCUUGCCUCUCUGAUCCACCUUUUUCACCUUGCCUAGCAUUGAGUACCUUAACAAAAAGGGAUUGUGUAAUGCUAAAAGCUAGAUUAUAUAUUUCAUUAUUACAUUUUAUAAUCUGAGUAAAGACUAACAAUUGGUGUGAGAUUUUUCCACAUGACCUAUUGGAAAUAUUAGAAAACACAGUAUUGCAUUUAGUUUCUCUUUCCCAAACUUGGGGUUUGUUUCUGCAGAGAUGAUUUUGAACUGAAUAUCAAAAAAUGUAAAUAUUCGUCAUUAUUAGGGGGAGCAAGUAGAGCACAUUAAGUAAGAUAUUCAUGAGUUCAUGUAAUAUCUAAUAGUAUAUUGGUAACAGUGACCUUUAUCUUGAGAGAGAGACAAGUGCCCAUACCUUAGAUCAUCUUGGUCCUUAGCUCUGGAAUCCUCUCCCUAAAGUUGUCCACCUCCACUUCCCCCAUAAGAACCUCCUUAAAAUUAACCAUGCUAUCACAUUAUUUCACCUAAUUUCCUUUGAUUUGCUGUUGUUUUAUCUGUGCUAUAUAAAUGCAAGUUAUUGAUCAGUCUAAUGAGUAACACUAAAAUUAUUCUCAGAUAAAUCCAAAGCAUUUUUAUUCUGUAUUCAUGUUAAAUAGAUUUGGAACUUUUCUCAAUUCUAACUCUUGCCUCCACUCUCUCCUUCAGAGGUUCUCCAAUUCUGCAAGAGAAUGUGGUUUGUAUGGUCAAGUAAUUCACCACUGCAGUUAAUGCCAGAGAUACAGGGGUUUGGGCUUGGUAGUGGUGUGGUGAGGGGUUUCCACAGAUGCUUGACAGAGACACAUAGACAUGUUGUUGGGGAGGUCAGGGGAGAUGUGGUAAGUGUUGCAUAGACUUGGAAAGCAGGUGAUUCCUUGUUUCAGUUCUCAUGUUUGUUAAUUGUAAGGUCCAGAUGGCCCUUACCUGAAAGAUGAGCAAUCCAUAAUUAUAAUCACUACUUGCUAUCAUGUUGUGUUCACUGUGAUUUGAGCAUUUUUUUGUCUACAACCAGGUUUGCCAAAUGCUUACACAAGAUGAGAAACACUGAGGAACUUUAUAAGCCCCAACCUUUUAAACAACAAAAUAACUUAUCUAUGGAGUGCUGUGACCAAAAGAAUUCUAUCCUCUAGAGCUUCACAAAAGUGUUAUCUAGCAAAAACUGACUGACUUGUUAUUAAGUAGAUGAUUAUAAGUUUGGUCAACAAUACGAAUUUUAAAGACAUUUUAAAGGAGAACAGAGAGGUGGAAGGGUUUGGGAAAGGAUUGACAAGUUGAUGGCCUUGACAGCUAAAGAAUAAAUUCUAGGUUGAACAAGAGGCUGGAGCUGGGGGAUAUGAAUAUCUUGUUGGUUGACAGAUGGAGAAGGGCAAAGCCAUGGAGAGAUUGGGAGGGGCAAAUUAUCCAAAUCCUCCAAUUCUAGCACUUUCUUCAUUAAAAUUGAGUUGUUGCUUGACCAGGAGCAAUGUUAGGAGGUCAACAAGCACAGGGAGUGAUUGGUGAAUGGGACUUGUGUGAGUUAGGACACAGCAUGGAAGUGAGGGAGGUAAAAACCAGGGAGGCUGACCAGAAUUGAAUAGUCAGGCCUGGAUGUAACAAAAGUGAGAGUUUUACAUUUUUAUAAUAAUGAAAAGUUAACUGCUUCACAGAGUUCCCAAAUAUAUUCAGUGAGAAGCAAUAACUGCGAAGAAUAAUUAGCUAAAAACACUCAGCAGAUCAAGCAGGAGCUUUGGAGAGAGAAAUUUAGCUUCACAAGGUCAGCUUCCAGAAACAUUUUUGUUCUUCUCUAAGUUACUUCCACUGUUUUAUUCAUUUUGAUUCCCUUUUGCCCCAAGUUACAUUACCCAUGACCCUCAAAAUUUAAAUAGCAUACCAAAAAGCAACACUUCUCCAAGUGGGUGUUUCUUUCCAGAUAUUUUUGGACCAUUUUAAAUUUGCCUUUAUUGUUUUACACAUUUUCAUGCCUUCAGUAUUUUGGCAUUGCAAUAAUAUUUUGAACAGCAAAAAAAGCAAAACAAAAAAAAAUUCUCUUUUGGGUCUACACCCUAAUACACAAAUGAAUUCAUUGAUUUGAGUUAACACGCAUGUUACUUGGGUGGUAGUAAUGAAGUACAAAUGAUGAAUCUUAUUUUCGCAAUAUAAUGUUUCUGUCCUUCAUAAAAAAACAAAUCUCUUUCUCCCCUUGAUCAGUGUUCAACUCAUGAACAACUGUUUUUGGACCGAUAAACUGCAGUUAUAUGGGCAUCCAACCCACAAGCUGAAGUACCUGUGUUUCAGAUGCUGAUCUGUUACUAAACACGUUGUGGCUUAAAACAUUUCAUUGUAUAGGAAGAUUUUUAUGGUCCACGCAAUUGAAUGGAAGUGUAAAAUUGAUUGCCAAAUACAAUCGGCACUUCAGUGCAUGCGUACAUAGUGCCAACUGAGAAUUUGAUUCGCUUGUUUUUGUGUGCUUGAUGCACCUCUGCCUCUUGAGCAUGCAGUAGUGACAACAAUGCACACGCAAAAGAUGUUUGACUUUGCUACUACAGCAUUACCGACUAGAAAAUCAGUCCCUAAGGAAAGUUCUGCUUGAUCCAUUACAGAGGAUAUUCCUUACUUGAACUACUGCGAAACCAUGGAUUCUUUCAUGAUGCAUUGUAUCUGCAUUGUAGAUACCAGGACUUCUGUGGGGUGGGGGGGGGGGGGGGGUGCUCCUGACUGCAUCACUUCUUGCUACAUGUGUCAGCCCCCUUUGCUAAGAUGUAUGAUCAUGCAUCAGAGGAGUGCAGGCAUGCUGCACAGCUUAAGUUCAAUCUGCUUCCAGCUGCAGUGCCUGUUGAUAGCCACUGAUUUAAAGCUCUUGCCAUGGCACAAGGUCCUGCUUUGUGCCUGAAUCCUGAAAUUCCCUUUGGUUGCUGUGUGUAACUGUGCUUAAGGCCAAGGAAUCACACUGCUAAAGUGCACAACUUCUUGCACAUCCUGCACAUAAAAAAAAUCACUUCUCUGAUCUCUGUGAAACUGGUAUGGGUUGACUGCACAGUGCCGUUUUGAGUGAGUUUCAUUGUACAAAGCAAUUUCUAGCCCUUAUAGAUUUUUGUAUUUCCACAGUUAAUUGAGUUACCAAGGUUGGGGUAUAUGAUUACUUUUAUUGAACAUCUUUAUAAUAUGAAAGGAUUAAGGAAGUUGCAAUAUCAGUUUACAGAGCUUUUUCUAAUUGAAGAAAUACAGGCUUUGCUGGUAAUGCUCUUUUUCUGUUGCAUUCUCAUGGGGUCUCGGUGUGUUGCUUUUUGGUGUGCUAUUUAAAUUUUGAGGGUCAUGGGUAAUGUAACUUGGGGCAAAAGGGAAUCAAAAUGAAUAAAACAGUGGAAAUAACCUUGAUGGUAAGAGUAUCUAUUAAACAGGCCAUUUGAACAGUGCAGAUUCUUACCUUGCAUCAUUCAUUAGAGAUGAGCACUUGAGAAAUUAACCUUGUUUCCUACUGUGCCCCACUGCCUUUCAUUUGAAGUCUGAUUGAUUAAACUAGUUUGGCUUCCAAUUGCCACCGUCCCUGGUUUGCAAAUUAAGUUUUCAGUUGCACCCGCCACCCAGGAGUUUGAAGAAAAAUUGAUUUGGUUCAGUUGCUUACUGCAAAGCAGUGUUUAAAGGGGAAGAAAAUUGGGGAAUAAACAGCCUGGCAUAUCUGGAUAGAGUAAAUGCCAGCCUGGAGAAAUAUUGUUCAAAUGUGUAUAAAAGGGUUAACAGGAAUACUAAUAAGAAUAUUAAUGUACAGUUCAUUGGAUUUAUUGUAAAAAAAUAAAGCAGUUACAAAAUUAA